AUGUCAAAUCACUUAGAUCGUCUAAAUAAAACUGAAUUAGAAAUUAAAACUUUUGAACUAGGAAAUUAUCCUGAAAGCCCUAUGAUUACUUAUAAAGAAAAAAAAAAUAUUAUUACACAACGAUCAUUUAACUAUUUUAUAGAGGCAGAAGGGUUUUAUCCAAAUGCCUCUCAACUUCAUUAUACUUCAUCUCCUAAAAAGUAUUCAAUCCCUAAUAAUUAUUCUGUAAGAACUAGCUGGGGCUGUGGUAAAAAUCAGCAAACAGUUCAGUGUAAAAUAGUAUAUAAAAAUGGAAGUCCAGAAUUUCAAAUUCAAUUUGGUACCUUUUUUGAAAAUGAAAUCAAAUCAUGUAUAUCAGCUACCACGGCUGCAACAAAUUAUGAAAAAGCUAUAAACAAAACAAGUCGAUUAUCUGGAAUAUUGCUAUUCGGAUUACAGCUUCAAACACUUAAAAAUAUUAGAGAAUCUCGAUAUUCCUGGUCAGCAUAUGCAAAAGACAUUAGACAAGAUUUAAUUAAACCAGCAAUUCAAUGUUCUCAGUCAGCACUUGAUAAGCGUGCAAAAGAUGUUGCAGCAAUUAUUAAAGAGAAAUUUAUUCAAAAUUCUCCAUUUAGAUUCCAUGAACAAGAUUUUAUUUUAUUAAAGUCAUUAGAAUAUACUAUUAAUAAUCAGAUUUAUCAUUUUAGCUUUGGAGACGAUUUUGUACAAAAAGAAUUUGAGAUCUUAAAUAUGGUUAAAAUAAUGGAUUCGAAUUAUAUUUCUCGUGAUGCUUACCGUGAAUUAGCUGCAGUAAAUUAUCACUUGUCACGUGAACACAAUAUCGUAAUCGAACAGAAUAAUUUAACCCAAAGGAUAACUAAUAACAUUCCAAUUAAACUUGUCAAUAUGAAUACAGAAGCAAUAGAUAAUUUAGAAACUAUUAACGAGUUAGAUAAUGAUAAUAUAGAUUUUAGUAAAGUACUAAAUUCAGUAGGUACUGGUGGGCAACGUGACUGUAAAGGAAUACUUAGAUAUAUAAUUCCUUAUUUAGUACAUAAAAAUAUAUUAUCAACUCAUAAUCCAGUAAUACACUUACGAAUUUCUGGUGAUGGCCAUAAUGUAGGUCGAAAAGUUAAGCACGUUAUGGUCACCUUUAUGAUUCUUAAUGAUCGAGAGCACUACCAUGUACCUAGUUAUCAUCAUACUAUUGCUUUAUAUCCAGGAACAGAAAAAUAUGAAUCUCUCGAGAUUAUAUUAAAUCCAUUUAUUAAUGAUCUUAGAGAUCUUAAAAUUAAUGGAUUGGAGGUUGAAGGUAUUUUUUGGCAGUUUGAAUUAUAUUUCAGUAGUGAUUGGAAAUUUCUCGCAAUAUGCCUUGAAUUAAAUACUGCAAAUUUGAAACAUUUCUGCGCGUGGUGUCUCUGUUCUAAACAGGAAAUUGGUAAUACAACAUGUGACUGGCGAAUAACAAAGUCAAUGGAUAAUUUAAAAAAUAAUUAUCAUAAUAUACCUGAAGAAUCUGCUACAUGGAAAUACAUAUCGUUAACUGGCGAAGAUAAAAUUAAAGUAUUGCAAUACUUUAAUUUAGCUAUUCUUUUUCGUCCAAGUCGAGCUAAAUUAAUUCGAUCUUUGUGGAAUAAAUUUAUUGAACUAUAUAAGGCAAUAUUUGAUCAAUAUAGUGAUUCUUUAUAUAUAAAACACCUAGCACUCGAAUGGUUAAAACUUUUUUUAAAACCUGAUGAAAAAGACCCAACAAAUUCACAAAACAUCGUAAAAGGCCUUUAUUUACCAACUCAUGUAACUCCCUAUAUUCAUUUUUUAGUAUUUUAUGGAUGGGAGUUACAUCAAAAACAUAAACAAUGGGGGUUAAAAGCAUUUUCUUGUAGCGCAGUUGAAAAAAAAAAUCAUAUACAUGUGUCUUUUUUUUUCCGGAAAACUACUAUGAAUGGUGGAAACCCUUUUAAGAGAAGUGCAGCUACAAUCGAAAUUUUAGAAUAUGAAUCACGAAAUAUUUUUUUUGCUUAUAAUGAUCUUCCUAGACAAAAAGUUAAAAAACUUGUAUUAAAUAAAUAA